CAUGCUGAUAAAACAAUCUGCUAACCAAAAUUCAAGUGUCGUAUAGUGCACUGUUUGGUUUGGAACACCGGUGCCCAACAAUAAUUUGUCCUUUGUUCAUUCAUUUUAUUGGCACGACAUUAUUACCUUCAACACACAUCCACUAUCCCACGAUGCAGUGUAACAAAGUUAUUCGAGGACUGGCACAGCGGAUAUUAUCCUGCAACAGUGUCCGAUGUAUGUCAGAUAAUGUACUGGAGGCUUCGAGAAUAGAGAAAUCUUUGAAUCAAGUGACUCUUUUGGGCAGGGUUGGAACUGAUCCACAGAAACGAGGCACAGUCGAUCAUCCUUUGGUUAUGUUCUCGCUGGCAACACACACAAAUUACAAAUAUGAAUCUGGUGAAUACAUGCAAAGAACAGACUGGCAUAGAAUAUGCGUAUUUAAGCCUAUUUUGAGAGAUACAGUGUACACUUACCUGAAGAAAGGCGCCCGAGUCCUUGUCAGUGGUAGACUCAACUAUAGCGAAAUCAAAGAUGACGCUGGCAACAUUAAGCCCAGUACAAGCAUCAUUGCAGAAGAUGUCAUUUUCUUCCAAUCGAACAACCCUUCAUGAAUCAUAAAAAUAAUGUAGCUCAGUAUCAAAUACACCAAAUUUUCAUUUA